AUGCGCACAACAGCCUUCUCUCCACCCCAGUAUCCCCCAUCGUCGCCGCAACCCUCGCCGCGCCCCCACUCGAUCUACGGUCGCAGCGGCCUCAGUGGCCUCAAUGCCGUGACGUCUCCCCAGUCGCCGACCCCGACAACACCGACGCACAAUGGCUUCUCGUUCACCUCGAACACGCUCGAGCGCACGCGCUCAAUGGGCCCAGCGACGCCAUCACACUCGCGCAGUCAAAGCACGGUGACGAUCGUCGACAAGCUCGGCCGUGGCGGACACUCGAGAGGCGAGAGCUUCUCGGUGGCUGUACCUACUCCCGGCAUUGGUGGGGAGUUGGCAUGGACCGAAGUCCAGAGCCGGACGUUCUGCAAAUGGCUCAAUACCAAGCUCGAGGCGAGGGGUUUCGAGCCCAUGACCUCGCUCGAGAAGGACUUUAGCGAUGGCGUCAAGCUCAUCCAGCUCCUGGAAAUCAUGUCCGAGACGAGCCUCGGACGGUAUACACGCAAGCCAGUUAUGCGUGUACAGAAGGCUGAGAACGCGUCCAAGGCCCUGCAGUUCAUCCGUGACCGAGGCGUCAAGCUCACCAACAUUGGCCCAGAGGACAUUGUCGACGGCAACGUGAAGCUCAUCCUGGGAAUGAUCUGGACUCUUAUCCUGCGGUUCACCAUUUCGGGCAUCACCGAGGAGGGCCUCUCGGCCAAGGACGGUCUGUUGCUCUGGUGUCAGCGGAAGACAACGCCCUAUGCCGAGGUGGAUGUACAGAACUUCCGGCAAAGCUGGACCGAUGGCCUUGCCUUCUGUGCUCUUAUCCACCGGCAUAGACCGGAACUGCUCGACUGGGAUCACUUGGACAAGCAUGAUGGCAGAGGCAACACUGAACUGGCCUUCAAGAUCGCCGAGGAGAGCCUAGGCAUCCCCCGGCUGCUCGAGGUGUCUGACAUAUGCGAUGUUGUCAUCCCGGACGAGCGCUCGGUAAUGACAUACGUAGCCGAGUUCUUCCACAAGUUCUCGUCUGAGGACAAGGCGUCUACUGGCGCUCGCCGUGUGGACAAAUUCGCCGAGGUCAUGAACAGCAUGACCACUGCUCGCAACGACUUCGAGCGUCGCAUGGCGGCCUUGCUUCAGGCUCUUGUCAAGACACGCACAGCGUGGUCGGCUGCCGAAGCGCCUGCAUCGUAUCCCCAAGCAAUGGCCCAGAAGACCGAGUUCAUGGAGCACAAAAAGACAAGCAAGAGGUCAUGGGUGCGCGAACGCCAGGAGUUGGCACAACUGUACAGCAACAUCCAGACCAAACUGCGCACGUACUCGCUCCGAUCAUGGGAACCACGCGAGGGUCUUAGGCUCGAGGACUUGGAGGCAAGCUGGGCUGAACUGAUGGCGGCCGAGGUCGCGCACAGCCGCAACAUUAACGCGAGGAUUCGAGACAUCAAGGAGGCUCUCAGGAAAGAAUUCGCUCGCGUAGCUGAGAGCUUCAUUGAACGGGUGCAGAAAGUCGAGCAGUCGAUCGGAUCGUUGAGCGGCGCUCUUCAGGACCAGAAGAAGCAGCUCUUGUUAUUGUCCGAUCAUCUCCCAGCCAUGCGCACCUUCCUUGUCAAUGACAUUGACGAGGUCAACCAGCGAUGUGCCGAGGCCAAGGUCGACGAGAACGACUACACGGCGUUCACCUACGAGGACCUAGAGUUCGAGUUAGAGAUCGCGGAGGAAGGUCUGCGCAAGAAGAUUGCGUUCGUGGAGAAUCAGAUGAUCUCGGCCUCGCACACCAACAUCACACCGGCCAAGCUGGAGGAGUUUGAGUCGACGUUCAAACACUUUGACAAGGAUGGCACAAACACUCUCACCGUGUACGAGAUGCACUCGGCCCUCGCAAGUCUGGGCAUCGUGUACCCUGAUGAGGAGGUCGAGGCCAUCUACGCGCAACUCGAGAGACAAUUCGGCACUUUGACAUACGAGGCAUGGCUCACUCUCUUGGUUGAGAUUACCAAGGACGACGCGUCGUCUGCGGACCAACUGCGUGAGGCAUUCCGCGACGUUGCAGGGGACAAGGGCUACGUAACCGAGUCGGAUCUCAGGUUCGCCAACCUCUCACCCGAGUCGGUCCGCUACCUCGCCGAGGCCAUGCCUGCUGUGCCGUCAGAGGCAGUUGGUGGCGGUGUACCAGGGUUUGACUACUACGGGUUCUUGGACCAGUCAUUCGCGAGGAGCUCGGGGUAG